CGGUACACGUGUCUAGACAUGGAUCAAAGGCUUUCAGUGCUGGUGGAAGAUCUCACGACAUCAGGAGAGCCCCAGCUGGAUCCUGAGAAAAUGAAGGAACUGAAGAAAAUUUGCAAGUCUUCGGAGGAGCAGCUCCGUCACGCCUACCACCUGCUGAUGACCCAGCUGACCCAGGAGCACGCCGAGGUCCGCCUCUCAGCCUUCCAGGUGGUGGCUGCACUCUUCACCCGGUCGCAUCAGUUCAGGUUGCUGGUCGUUUCCAACUUCCAGGAGUUCCUAGAGCUGACGCUGGGCACGGACCAUGAACAGCCCCUGCCGCCCCCCAGGGAGGUGGCCCAGAAACUCCGGCGGGCGGCCAUCCAGGCUGUGGAGGCCUGGAACGAGAAGUUCGGCGAGGCCUACAAGAAGCUGGCCCUGGGUUACCACUUCUUACGGCACAACAAGCAGGUAGAUUUUCAAGACAUCAAUGCUAGAACCCUGGCAGAGAGAAAAAGAGAAGCGGAGAAGCAGAGACGCUUGGAUAGCAUCUACAGAGAGCGAGCCAAGCAGGCCGGGGCGGAGAUGGAAGAAAUGUCUGAGGAAGUCCGAUCCUGCCUGACGGAAGUGGAGAGCUGCUUUCAGCUGUUGGUGCCCUUUGAUUUUGCCACCAGCCCAGGGGUACCUGGUGAGGAUGCCUUUCCCUCCACAAGCCUCUGUCCAGCUGCCCCUGGCCUCCAGGACGAGGAGCUGCCCUGCUGCAGCAAAGAUCUGCCUGCCUUUCCACUUCCUCUGCAAGCUGACGACGGCAGUGGGGACCUGUCUGACGAGGAGCAGGACGAGUUCGUACGCAGUCAUGGACUGGGCUCUCACAAGUACAUGCUGGGCCUGGAGCUCCAUCCAGGUGACGUGGUGCUGCAGGAGACAGAGGACAACAGAGCCGUGGUCCACAGCGCCCGGGACGCACUCAAGCUCAUCCGGAACAAGUUCCUGCCGUCGGUCUGCUCCUGGGUGCAGCUGUUCACCCGCGCAGGGAUUCACGACCAGAGGCUGAGGCGGGCCAUCGAGCUGAAGACAGAGCUAGAAGCAGCUGUGCGCAAGUACAAGGAGCUUAACAUCAAACCUCAGGAGGGACCUGGGAGGCUGACAACGUUCCUGGAGGACGGGAGUGAAGACGAAGAGGAAGAGUUUGUGGAGGUUCCAGAGAAGGAGGGGUAUGAGCCCCAUAUCCCAGACCACCUUCGGACUGAGUACGGGCUGGACCCCCCGGCAGCCCCUGUCCAGAUUCUGAAGAAAGACCCACCAGAGGGGCUUGUUGCUCAAGGAGUGCACCUGAGGACAAGGACUAGGAGAGAUGAAGAGGCAUCAGACCCCACAUCUGCUGCUGCCCAACUGCGGCUACUCCGAGACCGGCUACCACCACCUGCAUCUACCAGUUCCUCCCAGGAGCCGGAUGAGGCUCAGAAGCUGGCAGCAGAACGGGCCCGGGCCCCCGUGGUGCCCUUUGGGGUAGAUCUGUGCUACUGGGGCCAGGAGCAGCCGGUGACUGGGAAGAUUCUCAAAGCUGACUCUCAACAUCGCUUCUGGAAGCCUAGCGAGGUGGACGAGGAGGUGGACAACGCUGACGUCUCUGAGAUGCUCCGCAGCCGCCACAUCACCUUUGCAGGGAGGUUCGAGCCAGUGCAGCACCGCUGCCGUGCCCUGAGGCCCGAUGGCCGGCUCUGUGAGCGCCAGGACCGACUGAAGUGCCCCUUCCAUGGGAAGAUUGUCCCCCGAGAUGACCAGGGGCAGCCCCUCAACCCAGAGGACAGGGCACGGGAGCAGAGGCAGCAGCUGCAGAGGCAGACAGAGCACCCAGACUGGCAGGACCCGGAGUUCAUGAGAGAUGUGGAGGCCGCUGCAGGGGUGGACCUGGGCUCGAGUCGGUGCAGUGGGAAGGGCAAAGGCAAAGGGAAGAAGAGGAAGUAUCCCAACCUCACGGACCUGAAGAAGCAGGCGGACACGGCGCGGGCGCGCAUUGGGAAGAAGGUCUUUGACAAGGCUGCUGUGCGGAGGGUCGUCACAGCCAUGAACCAGAUGGACCAGAAGAAGCAUGAGAAAUUUGCAAACCAGUUUAAUUACGCACUGAAUUAA